UAUCGCUGUCGAGAUAAUUGGUGUUUUAAUUGGGAAGAACCGCGAAUUUAGUGCUAAAAUGGACCGAACGGAUUCAGAAAAUUCUCCUCUACAAGAUGUACUAAAAGACAGAAGUCAACAAUUACUCUUCGACGAAGAACAAAGGCCAAUUCCACGUCGACAUUAUACUAACGCUCGGAGAACACUACAACGUACCCAUGAGCAAGUAUCAGGAAGUUCAGGUGUCAGGAAUACUAGUCGUAGGAAGAUAAUGCAAAUAGCCAGGAUAAUGCAAAUAGGCAGGAUAAUGCAGAUAGGCAGGAUAAUGCAAAUGGAACAAGUGACCGCAACGCAUUCCUGCAUUUUCAUUGGCCCGGUAAGAUCCCGCAGCCGGUCCGGACGGUAAGUUGCGAUAUUCCGGAUGACCGGGAAGCUGUUACUCGGCCGACAGCCUCCGGGGCUUCCCGAUGCGAGAGCCGUGAAAUAAAUUAGUCGAUUCGACGUGAAUAGACGGCGACGUCGAACGCUCAUUAAUGGUCCAUUCGGGGGUGCGGUGUAGGGUGUCGCGCAACUGCAUCGGGCCGCGCAAUGAAGCUUAGGCGGCAAGGCCCAAGAAGCGGGGAGCCGCAACAACAAGUUGCAACCACCUGGCGAGGGUAAUGCCGGCCACCCAGUGGCCUCCAGGUGCUCUGGAAACCCCCUGCCUCGUCCCGCAUGCCUGCUGGUAAUGGCAACGCGGACGCGUCACAGCCCAGCUAGGCCCAGAAACGCCAGGGAACACCAGGGGACAUCGGCAAAGGCCAGUAAACACCAGCG